AUGAAAUAAUAAGUUACAAAACACCCGCAGUCUCUAACCGUGGAUUCUCAGUGUUCAUGUUACCAUUUCUGAUCAUCAAAUUUCAAUUCACAAUUCCCAAUUUCCGUCAUUCUCUCAGCCUCACACAGCCACAAGUAAAUUACGUCUGUCACAGCAUUGUCAGUGCUUGAAAAUUAGGAGUGGGGCCGAAGUUAAUGUGCCAGCAUCCACCAUCCAUGACCAUGACCUCGCGAUGAUGGCUAGCCACAAAGGUACGUGUGUCAAGAGGAGUCAAGUUGCGUAUGUAAGGUACGGAGUGGCUUGUUCUAUGGAUCCGUUGUCACUACUAUUGUGGAGAGUGUGGUUUGGAGAUGGGGUACAUAAGGGAGGACCACCAGCACAGCAAAAUUACGGCGGUGGCGGAAUGAUGGGUAUGGGUGGUGGUCACCAGCCAAGGCAACAAGGAGCAUUCGGAGGCGGACAUCACCACCAACAGCAACAUGGUGGUGGGUUCGGAGGCCCACUUGGAUUUAGAGGACAGCAUGGCGGAGGUGGAGGAGGGUUUGGUGGCCAGCAUGGAAGACCGCAGCAUGGCGGUGGUGGGUCUGGGGGACAUCACGGAGGAGGGGGAGCAUUCGGGGGUCCUGGUGGUCAUCAUGGAGGCGGUGGAGGGGGAUUUGGUGGUCACCACGGAGGAGGAGGAGUAGUACAUCACGGAGGAGGUGGCGGUGGACAUGGUGGAUGGUAGAUUUCCAUUUGUUAUUGCUGAAAUACCCGGUUAUGUUUAGGAGUUUUUGAAAAAACAAAAAUAAAUAAUCAAAGAUUCAAUUCA